AUGCAUGUGCCUGAUCCAUUUGCGCAGGGCCCCUCGGGCUGCGCGGCUGCGGAGCUGGCGUGGCGGCGGGAGCCAGAUGGCUACCUGAAAGAGAUCCUGACGGCACAUGUCUACAAAAUUGCAGUGGAGACGCCCCUGCAGGAGGCGCGGGGCCUGAGCAAGCAGCUGGGCAGCACCAUCUGGCUGAAGCGGGAGGAUCUCCAGCCGGUGCGUUCUUUCAAGGUGCGGGGAGCCUACAACAAGAUGAGCCGUCUCACUCCCGAGCAGCUAGAAAAGGGAGUGGUUUGCUCAUCAGCUGGCAACCAUGCCCAGGGCGUGGCGCUGGCUGCGCGCACGCUGGGCUGCAGCGCGGUCAUCUGCAUGCCCACCAAUUCGCCAGAGAUCAAGAUUGCGGCGGUGCGGGAGCUGGGGGCGACGAUAGAGCUUGUGGGGGAGAGUUUCUUCGAGGCGCAGGUCGAGGCGCAGGCGCGUGCUGCCAAGGAGGGCCGAAUCUUCAUCAAUGCCUACGAUGACCCUUUCACGAUUGCGGGGCAGGGAACCAUCGGGCAUGAAAUCUUGCGGCAGACAGAUUUUCUGGAUCUCGACUGCAUUUUUGUGCCCAUUGGUGGCGGCGGCAUGAUUGCGGGCAUUGCCGCCAUCGUCAAGGCCCUCAAGCCCAGCAUCCAAGUCAUCGGGGUGGAGCCCACAGGGGCCAACGCCAUGGCGCAGUCUCUGGUGCGCGGCGAGCGUGUGACGCUCAGCCGUGUGGACCCCUUUGCCGAUGGAGUGGCCAUCAAGCUGCCUGGGGCAGAGCCCUUCCGCCUGUGCCGAGAGCUGCUGGACGGCGUGGUGCUUGUGGACAACUCAGCUAUCAGCACAGCAAUCAAGGAUGUGUUCAAUGAGACGCGCUCCAUCCUGGAGCCUGCGGGUGCGGUGGCGGUGGCCGGCGCCAAGGCUUUCCUCAAGCACUAUGGGCUGACCGGCAAGCGGGUGGUGGCUGUGACCAGUGGCGCCAACAUGAACUUCGAUCGGCUGCGCCUGGUGUCAGAGCUGGUGGACGUGGGGUCUGCUGAGACGAUGCUGGCAGCCCGCAUCCCCGACCGCCACGGCGCCAUUGUGCAGCUGCUGGGGCUUGCCACCGCGCCGGAUGGCUCGCCCCUGGAUGUGACGGAGCUCAAGUACAGGUGCGGCAUGCGGCGCGGUACUGCCCGCCUGCUGCUGGGCCUGGGCCUGGCCCCCGGCAGCAAGCAGUGCAGCGGGCUGCUGGAGCGCAUCAACUGCCAGGAGGGCUUCAUGGCCACAGACGUCUCUGACAUCGACUUGGCUCAGGUGCACCUGCGGCACAUGAUCGGCGGGCCGGCGGUGCUCGACGGCGGGGAGAUACAAGAUGAGGUCAUCUUCAAGGUGGAGUAUCCCGAGCUGCGUGGCAUGCUGCACCGCCUGCUCAGCCCCAUCUCCCCCAAGUAUGACAUCACUCUGCUGCACUUCCGAAAGACGGGCCAGCGGGCAGCCACCGCGCUGCUGGGCCUGCGGCUCCCCGAGGCCGAGAAGGCAGCCUUCUGGGAGGCUGUCAAGGGGCUGAAUGCCGAGUUUGAGUUCCGGGAGCUGAGCGGGCGGGAGCUGGAGGUAUUCAAACUUUUUGUGUAG